AAAUAUCAUGGACCUGGUUCACGCAACAAUUUUUGUUUGCGGGCUACACGUCAGAAUCGCGAGGGAAGGGGCAAUUCCGUAAUUUCACACUCUGCUGUAGAGUGUGGGCCCCUACCAACUUCCGCGUAUAACAGCGUCAACUUCACGAGGGACACAAGCGAGGGGCAAUAUCGUCAUUUCAUUGAAUACCUUUAAUAUCCCGUUCAAAUCUAUGUUCCUAGACCAAGUCCACCACGUCAUUCAUGAACCGCAGACCAGAGUACGUCGCCACGUCGGCUGUCUACGGGAGGCAUGGCGGACCGGGUUCACCGGUCCACGCAACAACAACGCCUGUCACGGGGUCCGCUGUAGAGGAAUGUAAAGCGAGUGGGGGGCGGUUUGGUCAUUUCGUUCGCCCCCCUCACACGCCACCUUGUAUUAUGUGCUUCGUAGUUCGGGGUAACCGUAGCUUCAUCGCUUUCGUUCUGUUCUCUUUUUUUUUUUUAAUUUUUUUUUCUGUCUCAUCCCCAUUGCUCACACUCCCCACGCAAAGCCCAUGUAACGCACAAACCCUAGCGCGAUCCCCUCGUCUCCGACCCCUCCUCGCUAUAUUGAAGAGAAGAUUUCUCUCUCAAAUGUGUUCCACAGUGGAAUCUGUUCUGCUUAAACCUCCAAAUAGCUGGUCAGUUUUGCCAAGAGCAGUUCCAGAUAAAACUCACAUGCAUGAAAGCAGGUUAGAGGCAUCAUUUUCUUAUAAUGAACUUGAAAAAGGUGAAUUUAGAGUUAAUCAGUCAUUUAUGCCUGGUGAAGAUAUUGCUAGCUUGGUGCAUUCAGAGAGAACAUCGCAUGACUUGGAAGAAAUGGAACAUUGUGUAAAUAUAGCGGUUAAAGCAUCUGUACCGGGGCUCAAUACUGGUAAAAACCUAGUGCAUGAAAACUCUUCAGAGAUUAGAAUGUCCGAUUGUUCAGUAGCAGGAAAAAAGAGGACUAGAGUGUGUUGGUCUCCCAUCCCUGAAGAGGUUGGUUCUAAAGAAGCUAGCGAGAACUUCGCAUCCAUUUCUAGUGAGGAACUAGAAGAAGGAGAAAUCAGAGAGAAUCUUAAUGAUACUGGAUGCUCUGAACAUCUGGACAGUCCUAAUAUGAUUCACCAGGAAGUUGAGCCAUGCGAGAAUGAGCUCUUGAGGAAAAGAAUUGAGGAGGUCUAUUCAGGAAGGUUAGAAGAGCUCCUUUGGCAACAAAAAGCGGAACUAAAAGAGUAUAAAAUUAUGAGACGGAAACAACAUAGGGAGUUAAUUAGAAAAUAUUAUUUGGAUGUGGAUCAAAUUCAUGCUAAGUGUGUUGCUCAGACAGCCAGGAAUCGCAAGAGGAAAUUACUGAAGCGAAAAUUUAAGAAUCUGCGGAAGGUUUUUCGUCGGCAUAUGAAGUUGCAGUUUAGAAAAUUUGUAGUAAUGCAGAUAGAAGCCAGAAACAGGGAAAAGAAGAUUAUGGAAUGCUGGAUGGAGAAAGCUAAUUCUGGCACUCUUGAACAAUCUUUUGAUGAACUUCCUUUGUCAGAAACUGGAUUCAAGCUGAGGAAAUUCAAGUUUCAUGAACCGUGUGAAAGUGGUUGUUCUGAAGAACUUAGCGGAUCAGCAGAAUCAUUUGAAGAAGGCAUGCUUUUCGACCAGGAAGAGUCAGAUUCUCAAUCAGGUUACAAAAGUUUUGUGGAGUUCUAUGGACCGGUCGAACCAGAUUAUGGUACUUCGGCAACAUUUCAGCCUGUAGGGGAAGAUAACUCCAUUCCUUUAGUUGGUGGGGCUGAAGAGGUCAUGGGAACUACAGCUUCUCAGCCAAAUGACACACAGAUGUUGGAGUCACCUGAAGCAAGCGAAAAAACUCAAAUUUCUCAGCCAAAUGACACACAGAUGUUGGAGUCACCUGAAGCAAGCGAAAAAACUCAAAUUUCUCAGCCAAAUGACACACAGAUGUUAGAGUCGCCUGAAGCAAGUGAAAAAACUCCAACUUCUCAGCCAAAUGACACGCAGAUGUUGGAGUCGCCUGAAGCAAGUGAAAAAACUCCAGUUUCUCAGGCAAAUGACACAGAAAUAUUGUCCGAAACGAGUGAGCCAGAUUCUAGGUUAUUUACAACAACCCAACGAAGUGGGGAAGAAAACAUGCAUCAAGCGUCCGAAACUCCCGUUUCUCGGUCUAAUAAAACAAAUGCUGAAUUAAAGGAGUAUGAGGAUGUGAAUCAUAAUUCACCAGGAGUGGUUGAAGUUGGAAAGGAGAACGGAAGUACGAGUCCUAAUUGUGCUUCUGUGCCAGAUGCAUGUUCCCACAGACGCAAAGAGAUUCUUCUUUUUGGUCAUGUUCUGGGUAGUGCCGGAUGUCAUCAACCUGCAUCAUCAUCUGAUCAGCUUCCUCCAUCUAAUAACCUAACCUCAGCUACAAAUGCUCACCUAAUCACACCUGAAGCUGGAAGUACUGAUAAAAGGCCAGAGAAUCAAAUAGAAAACUCCUUGCAAUUUGCAGAGUUGUUGAGUCAAAUUCCUAUGGUAGCCACAGCUACUCGUCUUGAGCAACAAUAUCAGCGCCCUCUGCGAACAACUAUUAAUCCACAACAACCAACUGCUGUUAUACCACCAGCAAGAGCAGAGUCGGAAUAUCUCGGGCUCUCCGAUGUUCUACUUCGACCUCAAGAAGGGUCUUCUACUAAUGUGCUGCAAACUGAGAUGAUAAUGUUAACGAACUUAAAUAGCUUGAUUGCCCAGAGGCAUGAACAUAAGACUCUACAACUUCAAUCAGCAUGCGAGGCGGAGAUAGCUAAGGUAAGACAAGAGUAUAAUGGACUGAUGCAUGACGCUGAGGCAGAAUUCACAAAGUGCAAAAAGAAUCUUGAGAUGAUUUGUGACAAAAUUUGCCAGCAUCAGAUUUUAACUAAGGAAAUCCAGGAAAUACUUCGUAAAAACAUAGUGAACAUCUCAGAUGCUACUACAGGUUCAGGUUUGAGCUCUCUGCAGCAAUCUACUACCGAAUCGCAGAUGCAAGUCACACAAUGUCCAGCAUCUAUACCAAUCAUGCCUUCUACAACGACAUUGCCAAUGCCCAACAUGGACCUAUCUUCGAGCCCACCUCCACUUCAAUUACAACAGCACUUUGGCCCAUCAUCGACUGUGCCUUCUCCAAUGGCUUCGGCACUACCCAACAUGGGCCCAACUUCGAGCCCAAGUCCACUUCAAUCACAACUGCGCUCAGGCCCAUCAUCGACCUUGCCUUCUACGACGGCUUUGUCAGUAGACUCAGUACCCAAUGCUAGCCCAUCUUCGAGCCAAGCUCCACUUCAAUUACAACAGGUCUUGGGCCCAUCAUCAACCUUGCCUUCUACAACGGUGUCGGCGCUACCCAACAUGGUCCCAUCGUCCAGCCCAACGCAGCUUCGAUUAUUUCAGCACUCAGGCCUAUCGUCGACCUCGCCUUCUACGGCAGCUUCGUUGCUACCCAACACGGGCCGAUCAUGGAGCCCAACAUUUCAAUUACAACAGCGCUCAGGCGAGCCUCCUACAGCAGCUUUGUGGCUACCCAACCCGGCCCCAUCUUCGAGCUCAACUCCCCUUCAAUCACAACAGCUCUCAGGCCCAUCGUCGACUUUGCCUUCUACAGUGGCUCCAUUGCUGCCCAACACAGGCGUAUCUUCGAUCCCAACUCCACUUCAAUUACAACAGUUCUCGGGCCCAUCAUCAACCUUGCCUUCAACAAUGGCUUCGUCGCUACCGGACAUGGUCCCAUCUUCGAGACCAACUCCAUCUCGAUUACGACGGCGCUCGGGCCCAUUGUCAACUUUGCCUUCUACAAUGGCUUUGCCGCUAUCCAACAUAGACCCAUCUUCUAGCCAAACUUCGCGUCGAUUACGACAGCGCUCAGGCCCAUCGUCGACGUUUCCUUCUACAACGGAUUUGCCGCUACCGAACGUUGCCCCAUUUUCAAGCCCAACUUUACUUCAAGCACAACGGCUUUCAGGCCCAUUGUCGGCCUUGCCUUCUACAAUGCCUUCGUUACCCAACAUGGGCUUAUCGUCGAGCUUAACUCCACCACAAUUACAACAGCUCUCAGGCCUAUCAUCGACCUUGACUUCUACAACAGCUUCAUUGCUACCCAACAUGGGCCCAUUUUCGAUCCAAACUGGCCAAUUGUUGGCUGCAUCUCCUUCGGUCCAACCGAUAUCAGAGGCCCAGCUCUUUGCCGCAGUCUUCAAUAGCCAAAUGAGAGCCCACCCUAAUGUGAUGCUUUCUGCAGGUGGAGUGAUUAUUCGUGCUCCGGCACCUCAUCUUCACCCCUCAAGGCCUUUGCCAUCGCAGGAUUUUCGUCAUUUGCGGCAUUCCCCAAAUUGAACUUGGUAGAUUCUGAAUGUGAAAUAUAUGCUGCUUUCAUCUGAAUUAGUGCUUAAUGCAGGUCUGACUAUACUAUAGUAGGUUUCUUCUUUAAUGCUCUGCCUAGGUUGUAGAAAUUAAAGUAGAGAAAGUAAAAGGACAUAAAAUUUACACCUUUUGUCUGAGUGUAAAUACUAUGUACAUAUGAGACAAAAAGAGGCAAGUGCUGUUUCAAUUAUGAGAGAAAAAGUUAGUGCU